AUGACAAGCCCCUCCACAAAACGCCUCCUCAAAGAAUCAAUAGACAUCCACAAAAACCCAAGCCCCUACUUCACAGCCGCCCCAAUCUCCGACACAAACCUUCACGACUGGCACUUCACCCUAGCUGGCCCCCCCCACACCAACCCCCUACGCCGGCGGCCUCUACCAUGGGCGCAUAACCUUCCCACCAACCUACCCCCUCCGACCCCCCUCAUUCCGCUUCCUAACACCAUCUGGCCGCUUCGAACUUGGGGGGUGAGGACUGCGUUGCUGGCGAUUCGGUCGGAGAUUAUGGGGGGUGAAAGUAAGGGGCAGGUUGGCGGGGUUGAGAGUAGUACGGAGCUUAGGAGGGAGUAUGCGAAGGUUAGUUCGGAGUGGGCUUGUAGGGAGUGUGGGGUUAGUAAUGGGGAAAUUAUGAGGGAUUGGUGGGGGAUCUGUGUUGAAAAGGGGGUUGAAGUUGAUGUUGAGGGGCUUGGGGAUGCGGAUGCGAAGAAGGUGGAAGAGCAGGCUGGGACUGCUGCUACUGAGUCGACUUCGCCUUUACCAUCGCAACCACAGCUGCAACCUGAACAAGAACCUGAAACUGAAACUAAACCUCAAUCUCAACCUCAACCUCAACCUCAACCUCAACCUGAAUCUGAAUCUGAAUCUGCUGCACUGGUCGAAGCUCCGCGAUCACCACCUACUGCUGCUGUUACUCCGUCAACAUUACCAAGUCACUCAUCCACUCCGCCCACUGCUCUUCAAGCUCGAUCUGUACCUGCAACCGCAACUAUCACACAUUCCUCAGAACCAGCAAACAGUCCAUGGCUAGAUCGAGCCAUCGUGGUUAUUGUAUUCGCCUUGAUCAUCCUGAUCCUACGCCAGACGUUGGACGUAGACGAUCUGUAG